AUGCCGCUUGCAACGCCAGCGCGAGAGCGUCAUCACCAGCCCGAGACGGUGCAGACUCCCAAGGCCCAGACGGUGCCCGUGACGGAGUGGACAGUCGAGACGCUUGCGAAGCAGCUCACGACGUUCAACCAGCAGGUCCGGAGGGACCACUCACAGCUCGUCGCCCAUGCCAUUGAGAGCGCAAGGUGUCGAGAGUGGCGCACGCAUCAUGGCCUGGAUCUCUUUCGCGAGCUGCGGACUCAUCCCAAUCCAGAGGUCAAGGGCAAGCAGAUUAAAAUCAAAUUCAAGCAGCACAACAAGAACAAGAAAGAGCAGAGAGACGUUCGCUACAAUGUGCAUUGCGUCAAGACCAACAAGCCCGCUGUUCCGGCUUACCGGUUUCACCAUGUGGAAAUCAAGAAGAAUGUCUUGAUGCCCAACACCAUGCUGACGUUCGUCCCCCAUCUGCGGGACCUGGAGGGGUCCGAAGAGGCAAAGUACAAUCUCUGGCUUAAGGAGCUGGAGGACAUUGACCUCAAAUCUGGGUUCAAGCCCAUGAACCGCGACGAGAAGUUUGUCGCCAUCAUCCAGGGCGAGCGCGCUGCCACGCUCUCGCUCUACUUGGAUCAGUGGCUCAAGGAGCUCAACAUACCAUCCUGCAACAAAUCUACACUCAUCAGGUAUAUGGCGAGCCAUGCGUCCGACGACGCCAUAACGCCCCAGCAAAAGACGGACAUCAUCAGGUCCCAUGGCCACGGGGACGCCAUGACACCAGAGGAGCACAGGGCGGCGGAGCUGUUCACUGCCGCAUUUCAGCUGGCGUUUAAGGAAAACCAACCGCAGUUGAAGCAGAUCGAGCUACGCAAGGUGCUGUGUCUCGACGAGUCUGUUGAUAGUGUCAUGGACAACAAGCCCGCGGCCAAGGAAGUGUCCAUUGUCCAGCAGGAUAGCGAGGAUGAUAUUGUCGAGUCCAACCUGGCCACCUACUGCAUUUUGGGAUGUCUCAUUUGCUUCAGCCAUUCCUGCGAUCACGGCGAAUACGACAUCAAGAAUUGGAAACGCACCUUUUCCUUGUCGUCCUGCGCGCCCUUGUCGGACAUUUUGAGGAGAAAACGAAUAGCGGCAGCAGGAGUAAACACCAUUGCUGACGUGCCUUGCCGACGGAGGUGCUAUCGGCUAAAAAUCCCUCCUGACCCGAGCGCAGUGCUGAAGCCGUGGACUGAAGAUGAGCGCAUGCUCCUGCGGACUCUGUAUAUCACGACCGAUUUCAGUAAGACGACGAUGGAUCCCAUCUGUCUUGCAACGGAGUUUCUGAACCGCAACUGCGACGAGGUAUACGCAGAAUUUCAGUCUCUCAAUAUCAGCAUACCCGAGCUUGAACUCACCGAACCGCCUCGACCGCGAAACAUUUCGUGGUACGAUCGCAAACGGAAGAUGCUCAUCGGGGAUUGGCAAGACCACACCAUCACCCAUGAACAUCAACGACGGGAACUGCUCGAACCAUGCUCUCACGACGGCCCAUGCGCCCCCAAGAUAUGCAGCUGCGUCGAUGCCGGGGCUCUGUGCGAAAGAUUCUGCGGCUGCACAGAGGCGACCUGCGCUUAUAAGUUCACAGGCUGUGCUUGCCACUCUUUAGGCAAGACGUGUCUUCCGAAGCAAAAAGACAGGCCGUGUAUCUGCGUGCAACUCAACCGCGAGUGUGAUCCCCAGCUGUGCGGUUCAUGCGGCGCUUUUGAACGUGCGGAUCCUGCCAACGCGGAAGACGAUGUUUUGCACUCGACGGGGUGCCAAAACUGUGAUCUACAGCGUGGGAAGCACAAAACGCUCCUCCUCGGACAGAGUCAGCUCGAAGGAGUUGGCUACGGACUCUUUACCGCCGAGGAUAUUGCCCAGGACGAGUUCAUUGUCGAAUAUGUGGGAGAGCUCAUCACCCACGACGAGGGCGUUCGCCGCGAAGCAAGGCGCGGUGACGUGUUUGACGAAACAUCGAACAUCUCAUACGUCUUUACUCUGCUUGAAAACGAGGGCAUUUGGGUCGACGCCGCUAUUUACGGCAAUCUGAGUCGGUACAUUAACCACGCUUCGGAGCACGACACUCGGGGAUGCAAUAUUACGCCACGGAUCCUCUAUGUCAACGGAGAGUUUCGGAUCAAGUUCACGGCUUUGCGUGAUAUCAAGGCCGGCGAAGAGCUCUUUUUCAACUACGGCGAAAACUUUCCCAACCUCACCAAGAAACUGCUGGAUAACAAGUCCGGGGAGAAGCCAGAGGGCCCUAGAAAGGCCGGGCGACCCAAGCGUGCAGAGACUGGCGAUCGAGUGGCACGCAAGGUACCCAAGAUAGAGCACAAAAAGGCGGGAAGGCCGAAAUCGAAAAAGAACAAGAUGGCGGCAAAGGCGGCGACGACGACUGCUCAUACCCGCAAGAGAAAACGCCAUACGGUGAUUGACUCCGAGGAGGAAGAAUACCGCCCUCCUGGCACAGACGCAGCGUCGUCUGCAGCUGCACACGCCACCACCGAAGAGGGCGAGCUGCUGGGGUCGAAGCGGCUGCGGAAAACGACGCGAUCACAGCGAGCCAAGGAGCCCGAAACACCAUCAGCCAAGACUCCGGGAUCAGAGGAGCAAAAGCCGCGGGGCAAGCGCGGAGGGGCCCGGCCCGGCAGCGGACGACCUAGAAAGCAUCCUCGAGUCAUCCCCAGGCCAAACAAAGAACCUCCGCAGCUUGCUCAAGCUGCCCAGCCCGCUGGUUCGUCCCAGGACUCGCUGCUUGAGGCGAACACCAGCGCAUCUGCUCCCACGCAGACGCCUACGCCUACGCCGUCAACGCCAAAGCAAAGCAGGGCGGGGGGCCGUGGGCAGGAGCCCGAGGACGUUGUUGAGAUUGAAGACAGCGAAGACCAAGACGUGGUUACGAUGAGCCGGACAUCGAGGAAUAGACGGUUACCGGCGAAAUUUAGAGAGGAGGCAUAG